AUGCAAUCCAAAAAACCAUUCAGAACGGUCGUAUUCGUUGACAUACCCGAUCCCGACAACAUUCUCAUGAUACUCCACGCUCUCGCGCUGUCUAAAGAACGAGUAGCUAUUGUGCUCUCGCCUCGGAUCCUGGAUUUAAGCGCUAAGCGGUAUGAUCAAAAGUUCUCAGAAAUAAGAAAGGUCUUGGGUUUCAAAGUCAUGUUUGAACCAAUCGCGCAGGGCAAAGAGCCCAACGUCUGCAGAAAGUGGAAAGAAUUCUUCCAAGCUGAUGGCACUCUUUCGGAUCGAGAGGUUCUGAAAGAUACGCUCCUAUAUAUGCGUGUUUCGAAAGUGAGAAUCAAAGAGUGCAUAGAGGAACAAUAUCCAGAGGGCAAGGAUUACGAAAUUUUUUGGGAUCCAGGCUCUCUAUCCAAAAUCAAGAAGCCGGAUAUGCGCCACGCAAUUCAUACUGCCGACUACGCUUUCAACUUCAAUGAAAAUGAACAGCAAGAAUACCAAAACAUCGCCAACCUCCAUAAGGCAUCCGAUCGGCGUAAUCGCCUCCGUGAUCUGUGUCAGCAAUAUAUAUUCCGACAAACAAAAGGGAUACACCUCAAUUCGUCGAAAAUUGGGCCAACUGACAUGAAAGAUCUCUUCGAAGCCAAUCUUGAGGUCGAAGACGCAAUACUUCUAAUUGGUGGUCCACUCACUGAGGCUCUGCAAUAUAUACAUCGCACAAAUAGUCAACCAAAAACUGUUUAUGCUAUGCUGGGUACUCUUACCAACGAUCGUAACAUACUAGGCAGACCUCAAUUCAACAUCGGAAAAGACGCAAAGUCUGCGAACGCUUUCUUGAACGAGAUUCUCAAGAAAAAAAUUGAGAUGCUCAUUGUACCAACUGAAUGUUGCAAAGGAAAGGACGAGCAGAACCCCUGCCCGUACGUACUUCAGCAUAAUGAAUACCAAGACCUGUUAAAGAGAAGUCCCUUGCUAUCCAAAAUGGUCGCGUCAUGGGUCAAGGAAACGGGGCAAGAGACUGGAUAUCACGCUUUCGACUGGAUCGCCGCAGCUGUGAUGGGUCGUCGAAAAAUAUUCCAGUGGGUUCCGGUGAAGCAUAAAAAGCAUAAAAAGCAUCUGCCGGGAGAGAUCAUUAUAGACAUCGAAUUUUCCAAGGCCGAUCAGCCAUCGACCAUUUGGAUGGCCACAGAAAAUUACACUAUUCUGGAGAUGCUGCACAAACGCCUGAACCUGAACGGACAUGAUGGUUUCGAAGAGGAUACCUUGCGGACUGGAGGAGGCGCGGUGAACAUAGGACAAUCAUUUAACCUCGAUGUGCUGUUGGAGGCAUGGAGAAGAGAGGGGUAUUACGAACACUUGCUACGAAGAUAUGUCUGGUACAAAAUGAUUAAGCAGACCACAUCUCGGCAGCGCGAAGUCAAUCUCUUCGUCAAUCAGCUGCUUGAUAAGCCUUGGGAAAAGCGGCGCUGGAACCAAAUAGCCAACAGAACCGAUGAGCUUGAUCUUCGCAUCUAUUACCUACGAUAG